AUGAGCCAUGAAACGUACAGCUUUUUUGCUCCUCGGCUUCACGAGCGCGACCCUCAAGCUUCCAACCACCGGUUCACGCUUACCACCGGGACCGGUAGCAGACUCAUUCGCCUCCUUGCCGUCCCAGUCAUGCCGCAUGCUGAGAAGAGACAAGUAGACGCUCCCGUUCCGACCAGCCUGGCUAGCCACGACCUCAGCACAAUCUCCCGUCUCCCGUACGAACUACACUGUCUUGUGUUCUCACACCUAGAUGACGUUGCCGAUAUCGUCUGCUUGGGGCUCGUCAAUCAAUAUUUUUGGCAGAUCGGCCGGCAAUACAUGCACAAACACUACAUGGGAUUCUUCGGACGAUGGGCGCACACAAACAUCAUCUGUACCUCCCAAAAUCUCGACCCAAGCGAGUAUCCGGACAUGUUCCCCGAAGCAGAAAUCAAGCGUCUUUUGGAACGUCCUAGUCACGAUUAUUCACAGGCCUAUCACAACGCUUCUUUUCCAGAGGUGCCCUAUUACCCCGCUAAACAAAUGUACAAGCCAGAUGGGACACAGAUUAUAAUGUGCAGCGGUCACACAGGCGAUACGGAUGACGAAGAUGACGGUUUCGACACCGACGAGGAACUCCCGUUUGAGUUUAGGGAAUCUCUACGCUGCGGCCUCAAGAGAGAUAGAGACAUUUCUUUUCUGCGCUACAAAGCACAGCACCUGAUUGAGAGACUGCGCGGGCGGGGCUUGGAAUCAGAUUGUGCAUUUGUUCGCAUGCAAUCGGAGCUGCUCAUCAGCGAAGAACUGUACUUCCCACAGGACCAGCCGUGGAUCCUGCGCAACUGGACUGCCAAGCAGAUUGUGCGUUCAGACGCCAUUGCCCUUGCGCCGUGGCUCAUCCACGGGCCUUGUACGCACGCUAUUGGACUCGGCGAGGCCGUCUUGACGCGCAUCUGCUGGGUCUCUGCCUCUAGGCUUGCCGUUCUGGACGAUUCAAAAAAGGCCGACAAACUUGAGCGGCAACUUGCAAGGGGCGCGUGGGCAGGACACCGCUUUGAUAUCGUGUUGCGCGCACAACAUGAACAACAGACCGGCGGCGUUGGGUGGUCUGAUGUGAGCGAAGAGGUGGCAAAGGAAGAUGCAGAAGUCUGGAAGGUAGUAUAUGGCUCUGACUGGCGGACGAAGUUACGUGACUGGCAAGCCGAGGCUCAGUUUUCUGAUGAUGAAAAUUGGGACAGCAAAGGUGGUCCGUCUCCUGAAUGCGGAAACUGUCGUUUCUACGGCUGA